ACUAUUUCAUCCACAUUAAAGCUUGGGCUGACUGGCUUACUUUAAGUUUAAGGUGUCCUCAGUCAGUGAAGCCUGAAAGCAAGAACAUCUGGAGACAUGGCCAAGAGCUGCCCGGAUGCAGUGAAGGAUGACUUGAGUAAGGUGUCUGACGAGGAGCUGCUCAGAUGUACCAAGGAGGAAUUAAUUAAAAAGCUGAGGAAGGCAGACGGAGAGAAAAUGAACUUGAUGCUGGAGCACGGUAACAUGAUGAAGGACGUGAAUCGCAGGCUACAGGUACACCUUCUGGAAAUCCGCAGCCUCAAGGAGGUGAACCAGAAGCUACAGGAGGACAACCAUGAGCUGCGUGAGCUCUGCUGCUUCCUGGAUGAUGACCGGCAAAAGGGCAAAAAGCUGUCCCGGGAGUGGCAGCGCUUUGGCCGCUACACAGCCUGUGCCAUGUGGAAGGAGGUGGGUCUGUAUCAGCAGAAGUUGAAGGAGUUGGAGGCCAACCAAGAGAUGGUGAUGCAGGAGAACAUGGAGCUCAAAGAAAUCAUCAUGAUGCUGGAGGAGGAGAGGAACGGGGCUGGGUCCAGGAGCUCAAUAGACAGCCAGUCCAGCCUGACCAAUCUGAACGGGGGGUCCGGGACGGUUCGGGAUGUUGGGGAUGGGAGCAGCACGUCAAGCACUGGCAGCACUGGCAGCCCUGACCACCAUCACAACCACAUACACAAAGUGGGCGAGUCCAAGGUGGGAGCUGUAAGGAGGUCCAUGGAUGACCUGUCUGCUCCCCAGCAUCACAGGAGCAUCCCGAAUGGACUCAGUGAUCCAUCAUCAAACUACAUUCGGCAACUUGAAACUAAAGUCCGGAUCCUGGAGGAUGACAAUAAUAAACUUUUAUCUCAGCAAUGUAACCUUGGUGAGCUGAGGACUCUACGGAAGGGUCUAUCCCUCUACCACUCGGAGUCUCAGCUGUCCUCAUUACCGCAGCACCAGGACAACUUGCAGAACGGGCCGGGCUGCCCUUUGUCACCGAUUCUUGAUUCUACCCCCACCACUGGGUACCUAUCUUCAGUCCACAAACCAGAAGCUGUGGUCCAUGCAAUGAAGGUCCUUGAAGUCCACGAGAACCUGGACAAGCAAGUACCAGAUGAGUAUGAAGAAGAUCUGAGUGAAAAAGAGAAGGCAAUUGUCCGGGAGAUGUGUAAUGUGGUAUGGCGUAAACUGGGUGAUGCAGCGGGCUCCAAGCCGUCCAUUCGACAGCAUCUCUCUGGAAACCAGUUCAAGGGGCCAGUGUAA